AUGUCGUCCCUCGAAGCUGAACUGGAUGCUGGGCGCACCAGACGGGGAACAAGCUUCAGACCGCCGAUCAACAUCGACAAUGUCGCCUUGAGUGGCAGGACAAGUCCCGCCAGCCAGAGUCCUAUCUCUCGUAGGCACUCCAGCAGCUCUAUGGUGACGGAGAUCUCCGAUCUGAAUGAAAUGUCGACGUCUGAUGCCCGCCAUGACCCAACCGCCCCGCCCGCCAACACCGUUACCAUCAUCGUAUGGCACAUUGUCCUCGUGCUCAUCACGUGGGCUAUCCUCUUCCUCGUCACAGAGAUACGCGAUCCACGCGGAAGACUGUCCUGGAUGUGUGCAUCGCACCACCCACCGGCCAUCACCACGACCACCAACACCGACUUCUUGGCCACCACUACUGCCAAGGUCACCAUCCCCACUACCGCCACGACCACCAAAACCGUCGAGUCUACCACUUACGUUACCGCCAUAGUUAUUACUUUCGCUCCAGCCACCGCUAACGAGACGCUGACCUACACCAGCACAGCUGUUCGUUAUGCAACCACCACUACCAAGACGAACACCCUCACUACCACAGCCUACGCUACAGCCACUACUACCGAGACCCGCACCUUCAUCAGCACUGCUGUUACUUACCCCUAUACGACCACCACUACCGUCAAGGCCACCAGCACCGUCACGACCACCGCCGGCACCACCACAGCUACUAUAACCGCCCAGCCGACCGGCAUCUUCGAUGCGGUCCUCUUCGUGAUAAACCCUUUGCGCGCCAUCCAGCACAUCAUCGUACAGCGGAUCCGCCGCAUUAUCAGAGUCACGGUCACGGGCACGACCACGGCCCCGACCACGGCCACCAUAACCGCCGCCCAGCCGACCCCCAGCUUCGACGCGGUCCACUUCCCGAGAACCCCGUGGCUCGCCUUGCAGGAGGAGGACGACGCGCAGCAGAUCCGCGACAAUAUCGCCAUGAUGCGAAAGAUGGUGGACCGCGCUUAUCGCAAGGAGGGGAAGAAGAAGGAUUCUGAACGUCGCGGACCGCCGCCAGCUCAUCAUGCUUUAUACACGGGCAGCGGCGGCGGCGGCGGCGGCGGCCAGGUCUCAGGCGAGUCGGACGACGACGACCGAGGGGACGACGGCUUCGUCUUGGAGCAUGAUUUCUACAAGAGGUUCGGGCCACCGUGGUCGGAGUUCCCGAGAUGGCAUCUCUUCGAAUACUAUCGAAAGCUGGGAAGGCCGAUGGAGAGGUAUUGGCGGGACUGGAGUGAGGACCAGAUGGGUUUCAGAAGGUGGGAAGGGCCGAGUGAUCGCGAAAGGGCCUUUUGGGAAGCGUGGAAGCACGCCAACGGACGCAGCAGCGAAGACGAAGAACAACCAGUCGGUCAAUAUCUUGACUGUUGGUACGAGCAUGGAGUGUAUUGGCGGGACAAUCGGUGUUUGCAAGCAUACCCGUACGGCUGGGCUCCAGAAUGGGGAAACCCCCUUGAGAUGACUGGAAAGGCUGAGUGA